AUGCUUGAUGGGUCAAGCCCCCAGGCUGGCAAAAUCUGGAAGAAGGCCCAACUCACCUUCUCCUAUGAUGGCAAAUGCAUAACCAAAACAUUCCUUGUAUGUAACACAGGGUCCCAUGCUGCCAUCUUAGGGCUGAAAUGGUUGGAUGCCCACAACCCAGAAAUUGAUUGGAAUUUGCACACCCUCACCUUCCCACAUCCACCACCAGAACACGUGGCUAUUGACAAAGAAGAGGAAGCUGACAAGAACCCCCUUGAAGGAGUACCCUCCAAAUACCAUCCUUAUGCUAAGGUAUUUGGGGAAGAAGAAUUCAAUAAGCUUCCACCUCACAGGCAUUACAAUAUUGGCAUUGAGCUCAUGGAAGAAGGACCCCUUAACUCUCCCCUCUAUAGCAUGACCAAUGCCAAAUCCGCCACACUCAAGGAUUGGCUCAGGGAUGAACUUAAAGCCAGGAAGAUCUGUCCCAGUAAAUCAUCUAUCAGUUCCCCUGUCAUGUUUGUACCCAAAAAGGAUGGAUCCAACCAAUUGACCAAGAAAAAUGUGUGCCCCUUACCUUGCCCAGAUGACCUAAUGGCCCAGCUCUGUGGCACCAAGGAGGGUGACAAAUGGAAAACAGCCUUCCGUACCAAGUAUGGGUUGUACAAAUCCCUGGUCAUGACCUUUGGACUUACAAACACCCCCACUGCAUUCCAACACUUCAUGAACAAACUGUUCAAGGACUUGCUUGACAUCUGUGUCAUUAUCUACCUUGAUGACAUCUUGAUCUACUCCAAAACUGACAUCAACCAUACCAAGCAUGUCCAUGAAGUACUAUGCCAACUGAUGGAAAAUUGGCUAUUCUGUAAGGCAUCAAAAUGUACAUUCCAUGUCACAUCUGUGGAAUACCUAGGGAUCAUUGUGUUGGAUAAAGGGUUCAGUCUGGACAAGCUCAAAAUCCAGGUGGUCCAAGAAUGGCCAAUCCCUACCAAGGUCAAAGAGGUUCAAUCAUUCUUAGGGUUUGCCAACUUUCUACAUUGGUUUGUUGCCAACUUCAGCCACAUGGCCAGACCAUUACACAACCUGGUCAAGAAGGACACACCAUGGGUAUGGGGAACCAAGGAACAGGAGUUGUUCCAAGGGCUCAAGGAUGCAAUUACCAAUGCCCCAGUACUAUGCCACGUGGAUCCUACCAAACCAUAUUUCCUGGAAACAGAUGCAUCCAGUGCAGCUCUAGAUUCCAUUCUCAGCCAACAUCAGGAAGAUGGUUGCCUACAUCCGCUAGGGUUCUUAUUGGAAUCAUUUAAGGGAGCUGAACAAAACUACAAUACCCAUGAUAAAGAACUCUUGGCAAUUAUCUGCUCCUUUGAGCACUGGCGCAUCUUCCUAGAAGGAACAGCACACCCCAUCACUGUCUUCACCAACCACUGGAACUUGGAAUACUGGAAGGAAUCCCAAAUGUUCAACUGCCACCAUGCCAGAUGGCAUCUAUUGCUAGCUGGGUAUAACUUCCAAAUUGUCUAUUGCCCAGGGAAGCAAUCAGGGAGACCCUAUGCACUCUCAUGCUGCUCUGAUCACGCCAACAUUCCUCCUGCUCAUCAGACCAUGCUCCCAGAACCUGUCUUUGCCAAUGUUGCCCUAGUAAUCCUGGAGAAGGAGUUACAAUGCCAGAUUGAAGCAUCCCUAGAUCAGGACAAAUCCUUAGAAGCAAUCCUCCAGUUCCUCCAAAACAAAUCAAAGGCACCUCCAUCAAUCAAACAGGCCUUCAAAGAUUACAAAAUGGAAGCUGGGUUGCUGUUCUACCAAGGUUGCAUAGUGGUCCCUGAUGUAGGAACCUUGAGAACAGACUUACUGCGGAUCUUUCAUGACAGCCCCUUAGCUGGUCACCCUGGGAGGCAACAAAUGUUAGAACUGGUCUCCAGAAAUUAUUACUGGCCUGGCAUCUGCACUGACACAUACUGGCAUGUUGAUUCCUGCAAGACCUGCCAAAGAAUCUGGAAACCAAAGUACACAUCCAUCCCCCCACAACCACUAGAACUCCCAUCACAACCUUGGCAACAUGUGUCAGAUGACAUGAUUGUAGAUCUACCCAAGGAUGGAAACAACAACUCAAUCCUGGUCAUCAUUGACAGCUUCACCAAGUACGGAAUAUUUGUCAAAUGCUCCAAGAAACUCAAAGCACCCAAGUUAGUGGAACUAUUCCUGGAACACAUGUGGAAGCACCAUGGCAUACCAGAAAAGACCAUAUCCAAUAGGGGGAGAGUUUUCAAUAACAAAUUCCUGCAAGCCCUGUACAAACAAUUGGGUAUUGAUCCACACUUCUCCUUGGCAUACCACCCCCAGAGCAAUAGACAAACAGAACAGGUCAAUUCUUCCAUCAAACACUUCCUCAGGGCCUACUCAGGGGUCAACCAGCAGGAUUGGACAAAGUGGCUGCCAAUGGCCAAAUUUGCAUACAACAACACUGUCCAUAGUAGCACAGGGAAAACACCAUUCAAGGCUCUGUACAGUUGGGAACCUACCCUAACACCAUCCAAUGUACCCACAGAUGUACCAGAAGCCAAUGACCUUGCCCAAACAAUGGAAACACAAUGGAAGGAAGUGGAAUCAGCUCUUUGGCAAUCUAAAUCACGGACAACUGCCAGAGAAGAAGGGAAACCACUGGAAUUUGAGAUUGGAGAAGAAGCUUGGCUUGAUGCCAAGAAUGUCAAUCUCAAGACACUAAGUCCCAAGCUAACAGAACAAUGCCUGGGACCAUUCAGGGUUACUGAGAAAAUCUCCAACUGUGCCUACUGGCUCAAAUUACCACCUACCAUGCGUAUUCACAAUGUGUUCUACAUUGGGUUACUAUCAAAGGUCAAAAGGGAUGACAAAUGCACCUUUGAUAACUGCCCCCCACCAGUCACUGUGGACAGAGAAGAGGAAUAUGAGGUUGAAGGAAUGACAGAUAUGGAAGAAAGGAAUGGCAAGUGGAUUUCAGGGUCAAAUGGGAAGGCUAUGGAAGCAAAGAAAAUAUGUGGGAGCCCCAAACAAACCUCAAAAAUGCGGAAAAACCUUUAA